AUGGACAGUAAUCUCUUCCAUGCUGAAGAGAUGGUUUCGCAGUUACAAAUAUUUCUCUUCUCACAAAGCUUAGAGGUUGGCAUUGUCUUCCAUUACAGUAUCAGGCUAAUAGCUGGAGGCAACACCAUGGCAGUCAGUGAAAGGGUUGCAGGAGUGAUCUUCUUGUCACAGACUGUCGUCGGGGUCCUGGGCAAUUCCUUUCUCUUCCAUCACUAUCUAUUGUUUACCUUCAGUGGGAACAGGUUAAGGUCCAGAUACUGGAUUGUGAUGCACUUGGCUAUAGCCAACAUCAUAACUCUGUUGUGUAAAGGAGUUCCGCAGACAAUGGCAUCUUUUGGGAUAAAAGACUUCCUCAAUGACUUUGGAUGUAAAGGGCUUUUCUAUUUUCACAGAGUGGGCAGGGGUGUGUCCAUAGGCAGCACCACUUUCCUGAGUCUCUUCCAGGUCAUCAUUAUUAGCCCCUUGGAAUCCAGAUGGGCAGAGCUUAAAGAAAGAAGACAAAACCACAUUGGUUCUUCUGUUUACCUGAGCUGGAUCCUGUACAUGCUUGCCAGUAGUGUUAGCCUUGUGUAUGUGGGAGCAAAGUCCAUCAAGAACAACACAGCAAAUCUAAAAGAUAUGGGAUACUGUGCUGCUACUACAGACAAAACCAGUGACACACUGUAUGUGGCACUGUUUUCAGCGCCUGACUUUCUUUUCAUGGGGCUCAUGGUCUGGGCCAGCACCGUUAUGGUUCUCAUCCUUCAUAGGCACAAGCAGAGAAUGCAACACAUGUCUAGGGCCAAAGCAUCCUCCAGAUCAUCUCCUGAGUCCAAAGCGAUCCAAACCAUCCUUACCCUGGUGAGUACUUCUGUCUUCUUUCACACACUUUCCUGCAUCUUCAUUGUCUGUAUAACUCUUUCUAGUCAUUACAGAUGGCUCCUGGUGAAUGGUUUUGUAUUACUUACUGGAUGUUUCCCAACUGUCAGCCCUUUCCUGAUCUUACGAUCUGAGUCCACUGUGUUCAGGGGUCUCUGUUUUAUCUCCAGGAAAAAUGAAGGGGGAAUAUCAUCUUAA